AUGUGUGGACGGAGCAGGGCGGCCUUUCUGUGUCUGGGGGCUUGCUUGCUUGCUGCCAACAGCGUACUGGGUGCGAAAAGCUCUGGGCAGAACGGCAUGACAGAUGAACAGAAAGAUAACACUACAGUGUUCACCAAGAUCUUAGACAGCCUUCUGGAUGGCUAUGACAAUCGCCUCAGGCCAGGACUGGGAGAGCGUGUAACUGAAGUCAAGACUGACAUUUUCGUGACUAGUAUUGGGCCAGUUUCGGACCAUGACAUGGAGUACACCAUUGAUGUCUUCUUCAGACAGAGCUGGAAGGAUGAAAGGUUAAAGUUCAAGGGCCCCAUGGCCGUGCUGCGUCUCAACAACCUGAUGGCCAGCAAGAUCUGGACCCCCGAUACCUUCUUCCACAAUGGCAAGAAGUCGGUGGCCCACAACAUGACCAUGCCGAACAAGCUGCUGCGAAUCACAGAGGAGGGCACGCUGCUGUACACCAUGAGGCUUACAGUAAGAGCAGAAUGUCCCAUGCACCUGGAAGACUUCCCUAUGGAUGCCCAUGCUUGUCCGCUGAAGUUUGGCAGCUAUGCCUACACUCGAGCAGAGGUGGUGUACGUGUGGACCAGAGGGGCUGCCCAGUCUGUGGUGGUGGCAGAGGAUGGAUCCAGAUUAAACCAGUACGAUCUGAUGGGGCAGAGUGUGGAUUCUGGUGUGGUGCAGUCCAGCACAGGCGAGUAUGUUGUGAUGACAACCCACUUCCACCUGAAGAGGAAAAUUGGUUACUUUGUGAUCCAGACAUAUCUACCCUGCAUCAUGACGGUCAUCCUGUCCCAAGUGUCUUUCUGGCUCAACAGAGAGUCCGUCCCUGCCAGGACUGUCUUCGGGGUGACCACUGUCCUGACCAUGACCACGCUCAGUAUCAGCGCCAGGAACUCUCUCCCCAAAGUGGCCUACGCCACAGCCAUGGACUGGUUCAUUGCUGUCUGCUAUGCCUUCGUCUUCUCGGCUCUCAUUGAGUUUGCCACAGUCAACUACUUCACCAAGAGGGGUUAUGCCUGGGACGGAAAAAGCGUGGUGCCAGAGAAGCAAAAGAAGAAGAAGGAGUCCCUCCUCAAGAAGAACAACACCACAGCCUACCCAGCUGCCACUGCUACAGCCUUCGCCCCCAAUAUUGCCAGGGACCCUGGAUUGGCCACUAUUGCCAAAAGCGCCCCACCACCCCCAACUGAGCCCAAGGAGGAGCCAAAGCCCAAGCCUCCAGAGGCCAAGAAGACCUUUAACAGUGUGAGCAAGAUAGACAGGAUUGCCAGAAUAGCCUUCCCUCUGCUCUUUGGAACCUUUAACUUGGUCUACUGGGCGACCUACUUGAAUAAGAAGCCCAAAUUGCAGGGGAUGACUCCACACUAA